AUGUCCACCGCCCGCGCUCCCCGCAUCCACCAAGUCUACGUCGAAAUCGACCCCGGUCACGACGACGACGACAUGUACAGCUACGAAACCUGGUUGAGCUCCACCGCCGAGCGAUACCGCGUCGAAAACGGCCGCCGCUUCCACGCCUACCGCGACGGCGUCUACAACUUUCCCAACGACGACCGCGAGCAGGACCGCCUCGACAUGGUCCAUCAGAUGUCGUCGCUGGCCAUCGGCGACGCCCUCUUCUGCGCUCCCAUGAAGAAAGAUCCAAAACGCAUCCUCGACAUUGGCACUGGCACCGGUAUCUGGGCCAUCGAGGCCGCCGACCGCUACCCCGAAGCCGAGGUCAUCGGCAACGACCUGUCGCCCAUCCAGCCGCGCUGGGUUCCGCCCAAUGUGCACUUCGAAGUCGAUGAUGUCGAGUCCGAAUGGCCCGAACGCCCGCCCUUUGACUUCAUCCACGCGCGCUACCUCGCCGGCAGCAUCGCCGACUGGCCGCUCCUGAUGCAGCGUUGCUACGAAGCCGUCGCCCCCGGCGGCUGGGUCGAGUUCGGCGACUACGAAAUGAGGUACGUCUCCGACGACGGCACCCUCACCCCCGACAACCACAUGAAGCGCCUAGCCGAGUUGCUCAACGAAGGCUGCGACGCCAUCGGCCGCACCUGCAGCCCGGGCCCGAAGCUGGAGCACUGGAUGCGUGACGCUGGCUUUGUGGACAUCGGCGUCAAGGUGUGCAAACUGCCCAUGGGGCACUGGGCCAAGGAUCCCGACUACAAGGCCAUCGGCUUCUUCAACCUCAUGCAGACGACGGACGGCCUCGAGGCCUUCGUGCUGGGCAUCUUCACUCGUGUCCUCGGCUGGAAGCCCUUUGAGGUCCAGGUCUUCCUGGCCAAAGCACGAGCGGACCUCAAGCGGAAGGACGUGCACAUGUACCUGCACUACUGGAAAGUGUGGGGGCGGCGACCCGAGAUGGACAAGGCGCGGAACGAAGAAAAGCCCCUGAAGAUAGUAGAUCUAUGUCUUUAA